AUGAAAGAACAGGUGCGGUUUUAUCAAAACAUAUAUACUUCCCAAUUGGUUGACGCUCGUGCGCAGGAGGAGGUGCUCCUUUCCAUUGAUCGUAAGCUGUCCGAAGAAGAGAAGUUAACCCUUGAGGCGUUCCUUUCUGAGGAGGACUGUCUAGCUGCCCUUCAUGCCAUGCCGGCACUUCGAACGCCGGGCUCUGAUGGUCUCCCGAAAGAGUUUUACGUUUGUUUUUGGGAAACACUGAAGAGUGACUUUGUGUUCAUGGUCAAUUCGUGUCUAGAUAAAGGUGAGCUCCCUCUCUCACUUCGUCGUGCGGUUAUCACUUUGUUAUUUAAGAAAGAGGAUCCAGAAAACCUUAAGAACUGGAGGCCGAUAUCGUUAUUAAACGUUGAUUAUAAAGUAAUUGCAAAGGUGAUUACUCAACGUCUUCGAGUAGUUAUGCCGUCUCUAAUUCAUCCUGAUCAAUCUUGUGCUGUGCCUGGCAGAUCAUCGGAAGAUAAUGCAACUCUGCUUAGAGACAUUUCAGACUAUGUACAAUCAAACAAUCUUAAAUGUGCUUUCAUUGCUAUUGAUCAAGAAAAGGCUUUCGAUUACGUUGACUGGGGUUUUAUGCACAAG